GAUGGCUUUGACUUGGAUUCAAACACCAACAGAGAGCAGGCCUCCCCUCCAAAGAGAGACUGUGACAAAUGGAUAGACUUUUCCAAAAUGUACAGUUCAAAUCAAGAGUAUUACUUGAAGCUGGAAGAGUUGAAGAAUGCCCACAUGGAGACCAUGGCAAAACUGGAAAGUAUGUAUCAGAACAAGCUGUAUUUAAAAGGAGUACAAGCCCUGGAUAAGAGAAAUAACACCUCUCCAAAGUGCUGUAGGCCAACUUGGGACAAGAGUUCAUAUCAGCCUCUUAACCUGCACAAAUCCUUUUCAGACUCAGACUUGAGCGAUCCCUCGGGCCCAAGCGCGUCGGACGCGUCUGAUGGAGAAUUAGUGUUUGAGGAGAACGGCAGCGAAGCUGGAUCAUCCUCAUUUGCUAAACAGCAGAUUGAAAAAAUGUGGGAUGGGUUCUGCCUGGAAGAUUACAUCUCCCGUGCCAAGCCCAGCCUGCCCAGCUCACCAGCCCGCAGGAAAGCGCACAAGAAAGAGAAAGCGUGGUCCCCCAGAGUCACCGUGCCCAAGCCCUUCCAGAUGACCAUCAGGGAAGCUCAGAAGAAAGAGCAGAACGUCAAAUCCAAGUCACAGAUUGAGCUGGAAAACCACCUGCUGAAGAAGCAGCUGGAGGAGGAGGCGGAGUGCCAGAAGAAGUUCCGAGCCAAGCCCGUGCCUGCCGCCGUGUUCCUGCCGCUGUACCAGGACAUCGUGCGGCGCCGCGAGGAGCGCAGGAGCUCGGUGAGGGAGAGGAGCAGGCUCCAGCUCCUGGCCACACAAAAACCCUUCAAGUUCAUGGAGCGAGAGAGGCAAAGGCAUGAAGCCAGAAAAAUGCAGUUAAAAGACCUUUCCCCGCCUGAAAAUAAAAUCAAAGUGUUCAGAGCAAAACCAGUCCCCAAAUGUGUUUAUAGCGCAGAUUUCCAUGACAAGGUGAAGGAGGAGGAGCUCUGCAGGGAAAUCAGGAUCAGGAUGAGAGCUGAGGAGCUGCUGCGAAAUUCAUCCGUACCCAACAGCAGACUGGCCUUAAAAGGGACCAACAAAAAGAAGAAGCACAGGAGCACUGAGCCAAAGCAAAUGGAGCACAAGGUCAGGAUCAAAUCGAGCGUUCCCGAUUUUGACCUCCUACAUGAGAAAUUCCAGAAACGCCUCCUGCGACAAAAAAAAGUGAAACCCCUCACAGUCUGUGAGCCUUUCGACCUUUGUACUUCAUACAUCCCCUCAAAAAAGGACAAGAUCUUGAAGGACAUGCAAGAGGAUGAGGAGAAACUGAAGGAAACUCGGUGGCCGUUUGCCUCUCCGAGACGGAAGCCUCAGUCAGGGGCAAAGCCUCACCUGGAAGAGGGAAAAUCCAAACCUCCCAGAACCACAGAAUCCACCAGGCGACGGUUGCAAGCCCUGAGGAAUUCCCUUGAGGAAAAGAGAAAGCUGGAAGAACAACAAAAAAGGAACAGAAACAAGCAGAAACAAAGAACGAAAAAAUUCCAGAAAAUUGUGAUGGCUCGGGCUGAGGCCAAUGACCCACAUCAGAGCCUAGCUCAGAUGUCUAAACCCAGAUUAAAAACAUUCAGGAACAACGAGAGGCAGAGAAGGCAGGAAUACUUGCAGGAACUGCAAGAAAUGGAAGAAAGAGUGAAACAAAUGCCAUUGCUUUUUGAAAGAGUCACUCAGAAAAAUGCCAGAAUAGCUGCAGAAAAGUAUUAUUCAAACAGGCUGAGGGCACUGGGGAUCUGCCCAGAGUUUGUUUCAAAGAAAGGAGGAGCAGCCAAAUCCCUGCAUUUCUCCACUGCUGGGGAUUUCACCUCCACUGCUGGCAGAGCAAGAGUCACCAAGGUUAAAGUGAGAAAAAUUCAAUUCUUGGAGGAAGCAGCUGCUGACAGUCCCCAGUCUGAGCAGUCCUGGGAGGAAGAGGAGGAGGAGAAGGGAAAAGGUGUCAAAACCUCCACCCCCGAUGGGCAGUGCAGUGACCUGGAGGAUGGGGCUGGCCUUGGGCCUGGAUCCAGCCAGCACAGUGACCAGGGGGAGGAGGAGGAGGAGGAGGAGGAAGGCAAGGCAGACCUGUCACUUGGCCAUUCCCAGGAGGAAGAGGAAGAGGAGGAAGAAGCCAAGGCAGGUCCAUCUCUGGACCAUUCCCAGGAGGAGGAAGAGGAGGAAGAAGCCAAGGCAGGUCCAUCCCAUGGCCAUUCCCACGAGGAAGAAGAAGAGGAGGAAGAAGCCAAGGCAGGCCCAUCUCUGGACCAUUCCCAGGAGGAGGAAGAGGAGGAAGAAGCAGAAGCAGGCCCAUCCCAUGGCUAUUCCCAGGAGGAAGAGGAUGAGGAAGCCAAGGCAGGCCCAUCCUGUGGCCAUUCCCAGGAGGAAGAGGAAGAGGAGGAAGAAGCAGAAGCAGGCCCAUCCCGUGGCCAUUCCCAGGAGGAGGAGGAGAAAGAGGAGGAUGAGGAUGAGUCCAGCCCCAGGUCUGAUGGCUCCCAUGAGGAAGGAGCUCAGUCUGACCCCGAAGCUGAGGGUGCUUUCCAGUAUGAGGAUGAGGAGUAUGAGAGUGCUGGCUCUGAGGAGAAGGCCAGUGAUGAGGAAGGGCACUGAGGAGGGCUGGGGCUCAGGAGCCUCUCUCACUGCUGGCUGUGCUUUUUGAAGCACUUUCUGUUUUUACAAUAUUGCUUCCUCUGGAAACCAUCCCCUCCUGCCCAUGGUUAUCACAGCACUAAGCAGGUCAUGCUCUCUUUUCCUUUCAGGAAAAACAUUAUUACAUCUUUACCUUCUACAGUUGCUCCAGAUGAAGAGAAUAACAAAAGAAUUCAAAUUCUUGAAGCAAAUGUUUAAAGCCCCCCCUGGUUUGGAAUGAAUUCUGGUCUCAUGUAGAAUCCUCAGUGGCAGUAAGCAAAACAUUUCCCUGAGCUUGGCAGAUAACAGGCACUCUAAAGAUCAAGAUAUAUUAUUAAAUAUUGUAUCAGACAGCAGAGGAAAACUUGGUGCUUUACUACACACCCAAAAUUCUGUGAAUUUGUACCUCUUAGUUCAGGAGCCUGCCAGUGCAGGAAUUCUCUUUGUUUUCCAGUCAAAAAACUCAAGUUGUUUUCUUUUUCACCAAGAAAAUAAUUUAUUUUGUAUUACUGUUCUUUGUUGCACUCUUCAGUGACAUUGGUGCACCUGUGUUCCCAAAGUCAGCUCAUUGUUUCAUGACAAAUUACACAAUAAUUUAAUAAUAAAUUGCAGAGUGCUGUGUAAGUGCUGAGGCUCCAAUCCAGCCAAGGCAGGGCAGGUUUUGGAGCAGGAAUUGCCAUUUUACCCCUGCAAAAGGGGAAUCUUUUGACCUCAGGGAGCUCCAGUUGAAUGAAGCUGUGCAAGGGAGUGCUUUAAUAGCUCUUCUUACACACUGACUGCUCAGGACUUCAGCUACUCCACAAAAACUCCCCAAAAAUGUUUGGGAUUUGUUCUUUUUCUUGUAUCAGUACUCCCUUCCCCUACUAUUACUGACUUCCUUGCUAAAAAAUCUGUCAUUAUUUUGUUCUCCUUCUUUUGUUACACAGUUUCUUUGUGUUUGGAAGUUUUUUAAGCAUUCUUACUCUUAUUUAUUUUUCAAGUGCGAACAUAACUAAUGUGAAUUUGAAGCUUUUUUUAAAACUUGAAUAAAGUAUCUGUGCAAUUAUUAA